GUAUAGUCUCCUUAUCCAUUAUCUGAGGCUUUUCCUCUUUUUUCUCCUCCAUCAUAAUCAGAAUGUUGAGAGUAUGUGAGAGAGAAGUAGUAGGCAAACGGAAAAUAAGGGGAAGGUUAAAAGAAGUGGAGGGGGGAAGACAGGUGAAAUAUAGACGCGUAAAUGCUUAUGAAUAGACGCGUAGAUGCCUAUAAUACUGUAUAGGUAUUAUAUACAUGCAUGCAUGUACUAUUUCGUGUGCCCCGCGCCUUCGUUACACAAAUUCGGUACCUGGUGCCUCGUUCUUUCCCUUGAUACCUUGUUUGUGCCUACCUUAAUACCUAGCAGCUGCCUCGCAACUGCCUGUAACUGUCUUUUUUACCUUGUCGCUAGUUAGAUGGCGGGUGUCGCCUAGCAACAAGAACUGUCAUUUUGGGAGG